AUGUUAUCCUUCUUCUUUGCUAUCCAAGACAUCAACCAGAAUCCCAAAAUUUCAUCCAAUGUCACCCUGGGUUACAAUAUCUAUGAAAAUUAUUUCAGUGCCCCAAUGACUUCAGAGAUUUUGCUAGACUUGCUUUCAGAUGGGGAGGCCAAUGUCCCCAACUACAGCUGUGGAAAGCAGAGAAACACAGUGGCCGUUCUUGAAGGGACUGAGACUGGCAUCUCCAACCAGAUUUCAACCAUGUUGGGCACCUACAAAAUACCACAGAUCAGUUACAGUUAUUUUUCCCAGAGUUUGAGUGACAACACUCAGUUUCCUUUCUUCUACUCUGUGCUCCCUGCCGAAGGACUCCUAUACCCAGGGAUAGUCAAGCUGCUUCUCCAUUUCAGGUGGGCCUUGGUUGGUCUGAUUGCUCCAGACACUGAAAAUGGAGAAAGUUUCAUGAGGACAUUGACUGCCAUGCUGAUAAGGAAUGGCAUUUGUCCAGUUUUACGGCAAACCUUUCCCAGAUCCUUUCGGGAUCUGAUUUUAAAUUUCGGGUCAUUCCACAAUUUGACCAAAGUGAACAUCUUUAUUUUUAAUGCAGACUAUACUUCAAUCAAAACAGGGUUUGAUAUUUUAAUUAGGAUCUAUGACUCCUUUACUGAAUCUCCUAGAGGAAAAGUCCUGAUCACCACAAUCCGCUGGGAUUUCACUAUUUAUUUGAUGGAAGAGGACUUUCCUCUUCAGGACAUCCAUAGCACUUUUUCCUUUUUGAUCAGCAACAUUAAACUUCUAGACUCUCGUACAUUUUGGAAGUUGUAUUUUUCUGCAAGACGCUUCGCAAGGAACUCCUUCUUGUGUGCCUACACCAAGGAUGCCUUUUCUGUGAAAGACUUUCAACGGUGUCGACAGAAAGAAGGACUGGAGGCUAUGAGGGAAGAGGAGAUUGAACAGAUCCUGACUAUGGAUAACUAUUUCAUUUACAACACAGUUUGGGCUGUGGCACGGGCAUUAAAUACAGCUUAUUUAUCCAGAUCCAGAUCCCGGGGUGCAAUAUUCAAAGAUGGCAAAAAGCUGAAAACUCCAAUGUUGAAAUCAUGGCAGAACAGUUACCUGGUUGACGUGUUAGCUAAUAGCGUGGAGGUGAUUGCAGAGAAGUCUUCUCGGGAUUCCCCAUCCCAUCCCUACUCUUCCUUCUUUUCUGGCACUCUUCCUGGACAGCAACCACUUGAACGGAAAGACAGCCAAAACAGCUCCCAGCACAGCGUAUCCAGCCACCACAGCACCCACACGGCUUCUCCGAUUCACAGCACUCAGGUGCUUCCCGAAUACCCUGUUCCUGAAACACCAGCGACAGACCAGCCGGACAACGCAGGGCAGAAGAAGCCAGAUCCAUUCAAAAUCUGGGCCCAGUCCAGGAGCAUGUAUGAAAGCCGACCUAUGUCACCUUCGCCUACGACUGGACUGAGCAAGGGUGAAAGAGAAAGAGAAAUCAAUUCCACGAGUUUUGGAGAAUUUCCAGAUUAUCAAGAACAGGAUAUAUUUCUCUGGAGGAAAGAAACUGGUUUUGGAUUUAGGAUUCUUGGUGGAAAUGAGCCUGGAGAACCAAUUUACAUUGGUCAUAUUGUGCCAUUGGGCGCUGCAGAUGCUGAUGGUCGCCUGAGAUCUGGAGAUGAAUUGAUCUGCGUGGAUGGAACACCAGUAGUUGGAAAAUCACACCAGCUUGUAGUCCAACUUAUGCAACAAGCUGCAAAACAAGGCCAUGUGAAUUUAACUAUCAGACGCAAAGUGGUAUAUACAGUCCCCAAAGCAGAGAAUGAGGUUCCCUCUCCAGCUUCUUCUCAUCACAGUAGCAACCAACCAGCUUCUUUGACCGAGGAGAAACGCACUCCGCAGGGAAGUCAAAACUCACUCAACACUGUCAGUUCAGGCAGUGGCAGCACCAGUGGAAUUGGUAGUGGUGGGGGCGGAGGCAGUGGCGUGGUCAGCACUGUGGUCCAGCCCUAUGAUGUAGAAAUACGGCGUGGAGAGAAUGAAGGUUUUGGAUUUGUCAUUGUGUCUUCGGUUAGUCGCCCAGAAGCUGGAACAACUUUUGGCAAUGCAUGUGUGGCCAUGCCUCACAAAAUAGGUCGGAUUAUUGAGGGGAGCCCAGCAGACCGGUGCGGGAAGCUGAAAGUCGGGGACCGGAUAUUGGCCGUUAAUGGAUGCUCCAUCACCAACAAAUCACACUCGGACAUCGUCAACCUAAUUAAAGAAGCAGGAAAUAUGGUUACUCUGCGCAUAAUUCCAGGAGAUGAAUCUUCCAACGCAACGUUAUUGACCAAUGCAGAAAAAAUUGCUACGAUUACAACUACACAUAAUCCUCAACAAAUGCCGCAGGAGAACAGAAACAAUGCAAAAACAAAACAGGAAUCCCAGUUUGAUUUCAAAGCACCAACAGCCUCCCAGCCAGAACAAGAUUUUUACACUGUGGAACUUGAAAGAGGACCUAAAGGGUUUGGCUUCAGUCUGCGAGGUGGCCGAGAAUAUAACAUGGAUCUCUAUGUCUUGCGGUUAGCAGAAGAUGGACCUGCUGAGAGAUGUGGAAAAAUGAGGAUUGGGGAUGAAAUCCUGGAGAUUAAUGGAGAAACCACAAAGAACAUGAAGCACGCUCGAGCCAUAGAACUAAUUAAAAAUGGUGGCCGCAAAGUUCGCCUGUUUCUCAAACGUGGAGAUGGCUCUGUACCGGAAUAUGGUGGGUCAAACUAUGAAAACAUUCCUUAUCUUGCUCCGGGCAUCACACCAUGAAUGAUAUGUCUCCAAGAUCUGAAGCGGGGAUUCUUCUUUUUCAUUUUCUUUCUUUUUCUCUUUUUUCCACCAAUGUCUUACCAACCUUGACAACCGUGGUUAAUUGCCUCGCUUGUGCUGAAAUUUUCUCUACACUUUUUCAUCCUUUGCUUGCUACUAUGGACUUUUGUGGGGGCACAGUGUACAGGCAAGACCAUCUUCAGAGCAGUAUUUUGGUGAUCCAAGGGGGCAAAAACAUAUAGACAAACCAAAACUGUACUAUCCUGUCCGACCAAACAAGGAAUGUUUAUUGAACUGUGCCAAACUGUUUCUCAGCGGAUGAAUUGUUCUCUCGUCUUCUGACCAAUGCAGAGUUGGGAAAUUUGUGUUAUCCUUUGGAAACUGUUGUCCUUGGCUUUUGUCUGUAACCAUAGGCAUGAAUUCCACGAUGGUGUCUGGGCGUUUACUGUCCCCGUACAUUUAUGUAAAUAUUUAUAAAUUUAUUUUUAAAAACGUAUGCAAUACAAGAAUAUAUUCACUUGGAUUCCCCUCCUGCCCUUUUCCUUUAGAUUGUUUGUUCACAACUGUGUCAGCUAUGAACAAAUUAAUAUUGCCAUUCUCAAUGUUUAUUAUAAGAGAAGAGAUGUUGUUUUAUUUGGUUGCCGAGGGAUAUAUCUGCAUUAAAAAUCCCACUUGUAUUUAAGUUCUGUAGUAUUGGUUUUGGGUGGCUUAGUACUGUAUAUAAUAUUAUGAUGUCCUAUUUAUUUGAGAUAGCUAUUCAGAUAUAUGCCCUAGAUGUAGGGCUUUUCCCAAAUAUAAUUGGUUUCCAACCAGUUAUGAGUUAUAAGCACACAAAUGAACAGGUGUCCUUUAUGUUUCCCCAUAUUUGGGAUAAUAUACCAAUAAAUUAUAUUUCUUUUUAUUCCUAGUGUGGAACAGUAUCAAAGUCCCAACUAUUGUACUUUUCUACUUUUGUUCUCCAGAGAUGGGAGAAGUGGCAAACAACACGUGGGUGGGAUCUUUCAAAGGUUAUAAUUGUAUCCCCACAAAUUACCAAAAAGAAAAAAAAAUUCUUUAUUUUUUCACUCCAUUAUAUUAGCACCAGGUUGAACUGGUCUUAUAAAUGAAUCGGUGAAUAUCUAUAUACCAAUUCAGUUUGUCUUGAAAAAGAUGGACGUGUGCUUGUUGAUAGAGGCCCAGUUAUAUUCCUUGUAAAGCCACAUAAUCUGAAAAAGGUGGCUUAUAU